AUGGGCUUCUCUUUCAGGGGAUUGACGUCCAAUGCGUUGGUUUCGACGCCUCUUGCCGCUGAGCAGGAUCACAAGGAUGUCGCUGAUGUUCCUGCUGCCGUUCACGGCCAUACGAGCAUGGACGUGUCGCGCCCUGAUGAGAAGUUGGGUACGCCUAGGGCCAGCAGUUUGUCUGGCAGUGACGAUGAGGAGCUGAACAAGAUUGAUACGACUGCUGAGAGCGGUGUUCAGGCUGUUCAGGCAGCCACCCAUGUCUGGACCAAGAGGGAUUUGAUCCUUGCCUACAUCUUCAUGUGGCUCAUCCAGUUCUUCGUGUCCUUCACAUCGAGCUGUAACGGUACUUUGGCUCCUUACGUCACCAGCUCCUUCCAGCAGCACUCGCUCACUGCGUUGACAUCGGUCAUUUCGUCCAUCGUCGCUGGUAUCUGGAAGCUCCCCUACGCCAAGAUCAUGAACAUCUGGGGCCGACCCACCGCUCUCUGCUUCGGCGUCGGAUGCUACGUCGUGGGGCUGAUCCUGAUGGCAUGCUGUAACAAUGUGAAAGCGUACUGCGCCGCUAACACGUUCUUUUACACUGGCUACAAUAGUAUCGAUUUCUCCAUGACCGUCUUCAUCGCCGAUACCUCCAAGCUCAAGAACAGAGGCUUCUUCGUUGCGUACGCUGCCUCGCCGUGGCUGAUCACUACUUGGAUCUACGGCUUUGCGGUCAACGAUGUCAUUGCGCAUGACGGGAUUGGCUGGCGCUGGUGCUUUGGCAUCUUCGCCAUCAUCGCGCCCUUUGUAUGCGCCCCGCUCAUCAUUAUGUUCUGGCGCAACGAAGCCAAGGCCCGCCGUGAAGGUCUGAUCCAGCCGCGUACCGACCGCGGUCCCCUGGCGCAAAAGGUCAUGUACUACCUGCGAGAAUUUGACGUCGUGGGCCUUCUUAUCCUCGCCACCGGUCUCGCGCUGUUCUUGCUCUCCUUCAACCUCUAUUCGCUGCAAAAAGACCAGUGGAAAUCGCCGCUGAUCAUCUGCUUCCUGGUCUUCGGCGCCUUGCUGAUUGUCGCUUUCGGUCUGUGGGAGAAAUGGGGCGCACCCGUGACUUUCAUCCCCUGGGCGCUGCUCAAGAAUCGCACUGUCAUCUUCACAUACACCAUGGCCGCAUCGCUCUACGUCGGUUGGUACAUCUGGGACUCGUACUUCUACUCCCUGCUGGUGGUCAUGUUCAACCAGUCGACGCCGCACGCGACCUACAUCGCCAACAUCUACACCAUGGGCUCGUGCUUCAUUUCUCUUGUCUACGGUGUGUGUCUGCGGUAUUACGGCAAGCUGAAGAUGUACAGCUUAUUCUGGGGCGUGCCGCUUACGAUCCUGGGCGUUGGGCUGAUGAUCCAGUUCCGCCAGCCGGAUGAGAACAUUGGGUACAUUGUCAUGUGCAUGAUCUUUAUCGCGUUUGGUGGCGGAGUCUUGGUCAUCUCCGAGCAGACUACGCUCAUGGCUGUGUCCAAGCAGCAAGAUUUCCCCGCGCUGCUGGCUGUCGAAAGCAUGGUCAUCGCCAUCGGGUCAGCGAUUGGGUCAACCAUCGCGAGUGCCAUCUGGACUGGUAUCUUCCCUGCACGUCUGCUGGCGAAUCUGCCAGCUGAUGUUGUCGACAAGAUGGCGGAUAUUUAUGGCGACAUCAAGGUCCAGCAGAGUUACCCCGUGGGUAGUCCCGCGAGAGACGCGAUCAACGCGAGCUACGGGGAGACGCAGAGGUACAUGCUCAUUGCGGCGACAUACACCUUGUCCCUUGAUGUCGCAUCUUCCACACUGUGCUCGCGACUUGACCGCCGAAACAUGGCCAUGCUCACCCUCUCCCCCUCGCGCAUCGCCAUUGUCGUGGUGGCUUUGACCCUCAUCAGCUUGCUCUACACGCUGGGCUUCCCGACGCAGCUUGUGCGGCCCGCGCAGCCGAUUAUAGACCACUACGAACAUAAGAAUGUGCAUACCGAGCCAAUUGUGCCUGCGCCGGUGAUGGCGACGCCCACUGAUGCAGCAAUUGCGCCACAGAUUACGCAUGGGGAUGGGCCCGCUGCCGAGGAUGACCAGAGGUGGAAUGAUGCUGGGCCAGCGGCGGGGCAAGCGACUGAGACAGGCAUUGCAGAGUACGAGAAGGAUGGCGGGAGGUGGGAAGACAAGGACAAGCUGAAGGCGGCGGAGACGUCAGGGGAGACACGACAGACACGACCACCCACGACACUCGCCACGCACGCGAUCCCGGCCCCGACAGCGAAUGCGACAAAUGCGACGACACCCGCCAAACCAAAGUUCUGCAAAGAUGUCGCAGGCGCUCCAAACGUCAUGGUCGUCUUCCGCACCUCCAAAGCAGAGGUGCAAGAGAAGCUCCCCGCGCACAUCAAAAGCCUGUUGGCCUGCGUGCCCAACUUCGCCAUCUUCAGCGACCACGACGGCUCCAUCGACGGCAUAAAAGUGCACAACGCCCUCGAUAGCAUCGGCAGCGAAACAAAGCGCACCCACGACGAGUUCCGCGAAUACCAGCUCAUGCAUGCAGACGCCGAGCACAAGCCCGACGUCGCCAAGACCAAGGACCUCGACAAGUGGAAGUUCUUGCCCAUGGUGAACAAAGCCUUCCACCUCAAGCCCGACGCCCGCUUCUAUGUCUUCAUCGAAGCCGACACAAGCCUCAGCUGGACCAAUCUCCUCCAAUGGCUCGACCGCCUCGACUACCGCAUCCCCUACUACAGCGGCGCUCCCACCUUCAUAAACAACGUUCAAAUCGCCCAGCGAGGCCCGGGUAUCCUGCUGUCCCAGGGCGCGCUGCGGCGCUACGCAAAGUCCUACUCAGAGCUAUACGCCAGCAAAUGGGAGCCGGAGCUGGGCAAAGGGUGCUGCGGUGAUUUCGCGCUCGCCCAAGCCAUGAGCGAUGCACACGUCGAGUUCUACGCCUCCUGGCCGCUGAUGCAAGGCGAGCAGCCUAGCACCCUGGACUUCACCCGCAAGCAGUGGUGCGCCCCCGCAGUAUCAUGGCACCACACCGACGCCACAGUCUUGAACGACAUCUGGGCAAGCCACCAGAACUGGACGCACGAAAAGGGUUGGGACGUGCCGUACCUCUUCCGCGACGCGUUUGCAGACCUCGUGAUGCCGCAUGUGCAGAAGAGCAAGGGGGAGUGGGAUAACUUCAGCGGCGACACGAAGAUCGUGGGCGAGCAGGGCAGGCGCAAGAAGCUCGAGGAGGAAGACGAGCGCAGAAAACAACAUGCGAAAGACAAAGAUGGCCCGCCUGAAGAGAGCCCUUUCGCUGACCCGCCGCACAACCCUCGCGACGACAAGGACGCGGCUGCAAUCGCCGACGCGAUCAAAGACGCAGCUGACAGUCCCAAGAAAUGCCAGAAGACGUGCGAGCGCGUGGAGGAUUGUCUACAGUGGCGGUACAAAGCGCUGGGCGAUGGCGAGUGUCAUCUUGGCAAGGUGUUGAAGCUGGGGAGGAGGGUGAAGAAAGAUGAGGGCUGGACGAGUGGGUGGAUGAUUGAGAGGUUGGGGGAAGUUAUCGCUGGGUGGGAGUGUAAGGAGGUUAGUUGGAAGUUUUAUCAAUAG